AAAUAUAUGGAGCAUGUAGCUGGUUCGGACAGGCUUUUUUAUUUUCAUUUCAAAAUUUUUCAAUACAUAAACAUGAAAGUGACGACGAAACGCAAAGCAGGUUAGGAAUGAGCGUUUAAAAGCACAAAAACCGUCGUGUUAAAUGGAUAUCGAUGAAAGCGAUCCGGGUAUAUUUGCCGGCAAUGGCGAGGGACAGGCAGAACAGGAAGAUUUAUCCAGAGAUAUACUGCCAACAUUAUCACGCCAAGGUCAAGUCACGCAGAUCAAGAAAGAAAAGAAACGUAGAGUUUCAUUUCCUGACGACGAUAGACUCGUAUCCAAGUCAGUAGAGCCGUUUGAUCCAUGGGCAAAUGCCCUAAAUGCAACAUCAACAGAAGUCAUCAAGGCAUAUAUGAAUGCUUGUGCAAGAUUAAGAAUCAAGCCAAUUGAUAAGCUAGUUAAACAAUUAAAGGAGCAUGAUGUAUUUCAAAAUAGAAUGGAUAUUUUAGAUUUUAAAGGAAUCAAAUUAGAAAUAAAAAGUUGUGAGGCUCUGGAAGAAGUAUUUAAAAGAGUUCAGGUGCACACACUGGAUAUUGAAAAUACAAGUUUAGAAGAUGAGGGAGCUAUUGCUAUAAUAGAAAUGAUUGAAUUUUAUCAGUCAGCUCUUCACGUCUGCAUUGGAUACAAUCCAAGAGUCAAAACCAGAGGAUGGCAGAUAUUUAGCCAGAUGGUUAGAAAGGCUGAUUUUAUUGAAUAUAUUGAUGUACGUCAUUGUUGCUUCAAUGAUCCUUGCAUGGCUGUGAUGGCUCGUUCGUUAAAACUGAAUACAACGUUAAGAGUUGUCCAUCUGGAGGGCGAUAAUUUAUCUGGAAAAUUAUUACUAAUAUUAUGCACAGGAAUCAAAUUCAAUCAAUCUGUAAGUGAACUAUUUUUGGGAGAUAACUUCUUGAUUUCAUCUGAUGCCAGCACCCUGUCGGCCAUGUUGAGAUCAAAUUCAACUUUACAAUUAUUGGAUGUUAGGAAUAACAUGUUGCAAGACCAAGGAACACAACAUUUAUGUGAUGGUCUGGCACAGCAGAAAUCGUCAGGAGUUAGGACCUUGGUGUUGUGGAAUAAUCAAAUAACAAGAACUGGCAUGAUUUCCAUGGCAAAUCUUCUGGCGACGACACAAAACAUUCAAACUCUUAACAUUGGUCACAAUCGAUUAGGAAAUGACGGCAUUCGCAAUCUGCAAAUAGGAUUGUUGAAAAACAGGUCUUUACUUCGGCUGGGAUUAUUAAAUACGAAGAUAACUGCUGAAGGCGCUGUGGCUCUGGCUGAGUAUGUUGCCGACACGCGGACGUUGUUAAGAUUGGAUCUUCGUGAAAAUGACCUGUUCGUGGGAGGUUUGAUGGCGCUCACUUUAGCUGUGAAAAUUAACGAAACUGUCGUGAGAAUUGAUCUGGAUAAAGAUCUAAAGAAGGAACAGGGUAUGGAGAGAACACAGACAUCGCUGCUUGUUGACAUUUAUCAAUAUUUAGAGAGAAAUAAGAAAUUAGGCGUUGAAAGAGAAGAAUUGAGGCGACAAAACGACCUUGAAGCUGAACAACUAGCAAUCGCCCAACGUCUUGAAUCAGAUGACAAUAAAGACGAUGUCUCUAAUAAUGAAAUCGAAUCACAUUGUAACAGUUCUGGUCAUAAUCCAGACAGUGACGUCAUUGCUGACGUUGCACCUGGUGAUGACGUAACGAUUGAGAAUGACGUCGCCGAUAGCAGUUGCAACAGUGUUGUAGAUACGGGAGAUAGUUGUGGAUUUGAAAAUCACGUGGAUGGUCGUAGUUCACGGUUUAUCGUCAGUCCCGUGCGUGAUGAUAAUACGGAGUUGUCUUAUGAAACCGAGCAGCGUUGUUUGCAAGGAGCGAGUGAACAUUUUAACAACAUUAUUGAUGAGCUACCUAAUGAAACUAGCCAGGAUAGUUUGAAUAAAGAUGACCAGCUUUUUAAUAAUGCCGAGAAUAUUGAAGAAAUUUCUGAUCCCGAGGAAUUUGACAAAGAACUGGACGAGCUUUUAGCGAAUGUGUCCGGAGUAAAAAUUGAUCUAUCCGACCUUCCGAAGCAAGAUGACACCGAAGAAUUCUGGAAUAAAGAUAUGAAGGAAAUCCUGGAAUCCCCAGUGAGUUAGAAAUAUCUCCAGUUUUAUUUACAAUUGUAAUUUAAAGACACGAUGAAUGUAAACUAUUUCGUUUAUAUUAACUUAAUAAUAUUAAUAUAAACGACUCGAGAAAAUAGAGCGAAAACAAGUUUAAUUUCUAGUGUAAAAAUAAUCAUUUCGGUGCUUCGUUGAGUGUCUUCCAGCAUAGAAGAUGUGCAUGGUGUCACAAAAAAUUACCCUGCAUGGGCUUCUGAUUGAAUUUAAUGCCUGAUUAUUAUUUCAAGAUCUAAUUUUUUAAUUUUAUAAUUGGUAUUAAAAUUCCAAAGAGUUUGAUUUCAAAAGGGAUAAUUUCUUAGGGACACCUCUGUUCAUAGUGUUGUAAAUUGCAACCAUUUGAAAUCACGCGAAAUCGGCCCAUUUCCCGUACGAUAUUUUAUCAAAAGUGUAAUUAAAGGAUAGCGUUUUGCAAACGGGUUAAUGUAGAUUUUGAUAUAUGUAACUAUAAAUUUUAAUUCAAUAUUGUCGUCCUCAAUGUUCACAGUUUUUGUUGAAAGUGAGCUGAAAUUAUUGCUCCCUUGUAUAAUAUAUCAAACAACAAGAAGCAUGUCAUUCGUAACUAAUUCUUUAAGGUCAGAGUGAAAAAAACUAUCGACAACCACUUUGGGAUUCCACUUACUUACCACUUGCGAGACUAUAGAGGCCACACUUUGAACUCAUCGACCGACCCAUAGAUUUAAUAAUGCAAGUAAUAUUUUUGUUCUGUUUCUUGCUAAACUUACUUAAACCACGGAAACGGAUUACUGAUGUCAACUUGUUUGAGAAAAAUGCGCAUUGAAAUCGCUUACCGAAAUUGCAUUAUUGAACACCGCUUACAAGCAACUUCAACUUUUGAACGGGGAGUUGUUGAAUUAAAUGAUUAUAUGUGAGGCUAUUGCCUUUACCACUCGGCCACCAGCUGGGAUCGGUUGUAUAAAGCUUUUUAACUACAUUUUGAUUAUAUUUUUGGACUUUAAAGGUAGUUAAAUUUAAUCACAUAGUUUGGCCUGUUGUAUAAAAAAUGUUAGUACGUACAGUUCGCGUUAUUAAACUGCAGUUAAAACGUAGUUAUCAUAAGUUAUCAUAGUAUCGUAAUUAUCAAUAUAGUAGCAACACAUACCAAGGUUUUCAACCGUUAUCCACUCGAAGCUUGUAAACUUCCAACAUGCUUUUAUUUUAGUCA